UUUAUCCAGAAUCCUUCACUACCGGAAGUGCCGGGCAGGUGAAGGCUUUGGAAACGAUCCACCCAAUUCCAUCAGGAGAACAUGGAUUGCUGCUAAAUUGUGGAUAAAUACGAUUAGAGCAAGAGUCGGGCCUUCGUUUACAUUUAGUCUAAAACGCUGUAUUGGCAGUUUAAUGCUGUGACAACAUGCCCCGCUAUUGGAUUCAAUGAAGUGCGUGUUUUUUCCUGGGCAGUAACGAUUGAAAUCCUGUCAGUUCAUAAACCAGAAGAUGGGAGGCUGGAGUGUGUUUGUGACCGGCUGUGUGUGGGCGAUUCUUCUCCUGGCUCUGUUUGGAGAUUCACUUGGCAUCUGCGCCCGAGUUUGAUCCCUACAAAGUUCUUGGAGUGUCCAGACACGCCAGUCAGGCCGAAAUCAAGAAAGUGUACAAGAGACUCGCAAGGGAAUGGCAUCCAGACAAGAACAAAAGUCCAGGGGCAGAGGACAUGUUUAUCAAGAUCACUAAAUCUUAUGAGAUUCUGUCCAAUGAGGAACGAAGGGCAAACUACGACCGUUUUGGUCAAAUGGACGAGAAUCAAAACUUCGCACGAGCGCCCCAGGGAUUCAGACACUUUCAUGACAGUUUCUACUUCGAUGAAUCUUUCUUUCACUUUCCCCGGACCAGUCGAGAUUUCACCGAGAGCAAGCACCUCCUUCACUACAACCAAUACAUGAAUGAGGUGCUGCCAGAUAGUUUCAAGAGGCCCUACCUGAUCAAGAUCACAUCAGAGUGGUGCUUCACCUGCAUUCACAUUGAGCCCGUAUGGAAGGACACUGUGCUGGAGCUGGAGCCAUUAGGGGUUGGUAUUGGUGUGGUGGACAUUGGAUAUGAAAGACAGUUGGCUAACCAUCUUGGUGCCCACCGCACACCUUCCAUACUUGGUGUAAUCAAUGGCAAAAUCACUUUCUUCCACUACUCUGUGGUCAGGGAACACUUGAGACAGUUUGUGGAAAGUCUUCUGCCCCAGAAGCUAGUGGAGAAGGUGACGGAUAACAGCUACCUCGAGUUUUUAAACAGUUGGCAUGAGGAGAAUAAACCAAGAGUAAUAAUGUUUGAUGUAGCAUCUAAUAUCCCUAUUUUGUAUAAGCUCACUGCGUUUGCCUAUAAAGACUACAUGAGGUUUGGCUAUGUGGAUAUGGGCCUGACCGAGACCUCCCAAGUUGUGCAGAGGUUCAACAUCAACACAUACGCUCCCACCAUGCUCCUGUUCAAAGAGAAUACAGAGAAACCGGCUGAUGUUAUACAGGCAAGAGGGAUGAAAAAGCAAAUAAUUGAUGAGUUUGUGUCCAACAAUCGUUUUCUGCUGGUGCCGCGCCUGGUGAAUCAGAAACUCUUUGAUGAGCUGUGUCCAGUUAAACAGUUCCACCGUCGCAGGAAAUACUGUGUUCUUCUCGUUACUGGUGAAGGAGAGCAGUUUGUGUCAGUGAAUGAGGCGUUCUUUGACUUUGCUUCCUCCAACACUAAAGAAGUUCUCAGGUUUGCCUAUGUUUAUCAGAGAAAACAGCAGACUCUCUGUGACACCCUGCUCAAAAAGGACGACACAACCCCUCCACAGGUGAUUCUUCUGGAGAGACGCAGCGCUUCCGGAAGGGUGUUGUAUCGGACAGUGACGGGUGGAUGGAAUGGAAGUGAUGAUGAUAAGCACCGUCUCCAUGAGCAGCUUGAGCUCCUGCAAAGAGACCCCUCCUACCUUACCCAUGAUGCCAUGCUGCCUGAACUAAACAAUGAGUUUGCGUCUAUGUUUCUGAUUCAGUGGAUAAACACUGCAUAUGAUUACCUUUCUCAAUUUUACUUUGAUCUUCUGUACUCUAACUGGCGUGAGAUGAUGCCCGUACUGUCUCUGAUCUUCUCCGCUCUUUUCAUCCUCUUUGGCACUGUAAUCAUUCAGGCUUUCAGUGACUCUGGGGAAGACAAACCAGCCAAACAAAAGGCCACUGAUUCACCAAAGACAGCGGAGAGCUCUCCAGGACCAGAGAGCACUUCAAGUCGUCCACCUAAGAAGAAUUUUGUGGAGGUGACGGAGCUGACGGACAUCACCUACAUGAGUAACCUAGUCAGGUUAAAGCCUGGUCACAUCAACGUAGUGCUGAUCCUCACUGAUGCUUCUAAGCAAGUGCUGCUCAGAAAGUUUGCCAAAGAAGUAUAUUCAUUCUCAGGGUCACAGACUCUUCACUACUCCUUUUUAAACGUGGACAAGCACAGUCAAUGGAUGGAUUCACUCAUGGAGUCGGCUCCUGAUGCCAGGCCGUCAGACUGCUUGGACGAAGAGGAAGAGGAGGAGGACACCACCUCCAACAAAUCAGACUACACUGGACACGUCCUGGCGCUCAACGGCCACAAGAAGUACUUCUGCUUAUUCAGACCUGUGUUUACAGGGGAGGAAGCCGAAUGUAGCAGGUGGUCCGACGAGGACGCGGCGACGGCCGGGCCAAGCAAAGCCUCGAGGUCCCGGUCAAGUUCCCGACAGAAGGCCACCACUCUGGAGAUCCACCACAAACUGGACCGGCUGGGUCUGUGGAUGGAGAGGCUUAUGGAGGGAACUCUACCAAGACACUAUGUUCCGGCCUGGCCCGGUCUGGACACUAUAACGCCACAGAAAUAAGACUCCCGUUGGUCUUCAGGCCUAUUGCAGGAGGCAUGCUGUAGUGACGUGAAAGAUGUUGAAUUCUAGCUUUCAGCAUCUUCUCUAUCCAAAUUACUUGGUUAUUUUGUAAGAUAUUAAGUUAUUCUGUUAAACGCACUGGUUAUGAGUAGAGGUGUUCUUCGUUUAGAGCACCAUGUGCUCGUCUGCUGCUUUAGGGGCAAAACUCCUUUCCAUCUGCAACGUACACUGUCUUUUUGCUAGUAUGGUUGUUUCAUUACUGUAUGGAGGCCAAUAUCCAGAUAAAGCCACUUUGUGUAGCUUCCAACAGGGCUAAUGUGUCUCAACACGGCUGGGUAUAUGGCGGCUACGGCCCAACCUUAUGAUUUUGUCCAGGGCCCUGUGAAUUCAAGCGAUGGCCCUGGCUUCAGAAGCAGUUUGUAGUAAGGUAACCUUUCUGCCUUUUUUCCAGUCACUAUUUGGAUUAUAGAAAUUAGAAAUUGUGUGUAUGUUUGUGUGUGGGGGAAAGGUUUAGUCAACCCAUUCUCCUUAUGCAAAAUCUCUAACUAAAAAUUUACUAAACUGUGGUGCAUGAAAGGUCACUAUGUUAUGUUUUGAAAACUUGAGAAGAUGCUUAGGUUUUACUGCCAUUUGUGCAUGUGCUGCCUUUCCUCAAACCGCAUACUUUAAUUUCAUUUGUUUCAUGUUUUGCACUUUGAUGACUUGCUUAGGAUUCUUUAAUUCAUAAACUUAAUAAUAUUUAAAUAGAGGUUCUAACUGUAUCUGAAAUAUCAUAACCAGUUGAAUCAGGUUAAGAAUGUCUCUAGAUCAACAGUUGGCAUUUUCUUUUAAGAAAAUGACUUCUUUUUUAUGUUGCACUUUUUUGUGGUUAAUUUGCAUAUCAUGUGCAUUGUUUAAAAAUAAUAAUAAAGUUUGUACUGUAGCAACA